GUCAUCAGGUAUCGGAUUGUCUGGCUCGACAGCGGGCAUCGGGUCACCAGGUAUGACAGCGGGCUCUGAGUCAAUUGGCACGACAGCGGGCACUGGAUCAGGUACUGGAUCAUCUGGAUCAACAGCAGGCAUCGAGUCAACUGGCCUAAUAGGAUCGUCGGGCUGGAUCAGUUCAUCAUGCUGAGUAGCGGCAUCAGGCUGAAUGCAGGCAUCAGGCUGAGGAGAGGCUUCAGGCUGAGGAGAGGCUUCAGGCUGAGGAGAGGCUUCAGGCUGAGGAGAGGCAUUCAGGCUGAGGAGAGGCAUCAGGCUGAGGAGAGGCAUCAGGCUGAGGAGAGGCAUCAGGCUGAGGAGAGGCUUCAGGCUGAGGAGAGGCUUCAGGCUGAGGAGAGGCAUCAGGCUGAGGAGAGGCAUCCGGCUGCUGAAGAGAGGCAUCCGGCUGAGUAGAGGCUUCAGGCUGAGUCACGGAAGGCAGG